AUGAUAUUACUUAUUCUUUUUUUCGCCAUUGCUGCUUCUGAUAAAGCUGUGAUUACGCAUAGUUGUCCUGGAGGUAAAUCAGUAUGUCCGGACUCAGCAACCUGUUGUCUAAUUAAUGAAGGUAUUUAUGGUUGUUGUCCGAUGAUGGAUGCAGUAUGCUGCAAUGAUCUUAUUCAUUGUUGUCCUCCUGCUACAAAAUGUGAUAUGAUACACAGACAGUGUUUACAGGAUACAGUAGAAUACAACCCAGUACAGAUAGGAGGGCAUCAGUAUCGAUGCGUCUCAUUAAAAUCCGUGAAAUCGCUCAACUAUAGCAGUUUUGUCCAUUAA